AUGGACCCUCAAACGGGCCACGACUACCAAAUCAUGGAGCAUCCCGACAUGAAUACCCCAGAUUCAGAUAGCUCGGGCUCUUCCGACGAGCUGCUACAACAGCCAUAUGCUGUGCGCUCGGGUUCGAGUUUCCCGGAGAAUUUCGACCCCCAGAUUCAAACCCCAGCUUCCACGAUCGCCUCCUCACCUCCUCCAAGCCACCCCUCCACAACCCUUAGCUCCUGGACAAGCGUCACACCGACGCGGCCCCGCGGCGCCAGCGUCGGUACCCCAGCAGCUAUGAGCAUGGAAAAAAUGACCUCGCCCGUGGAUGGCGGCAUCCCGGUCUCUGAUCGUGAGCUCCGGCAACAACGUCCGUCAGGCCCCGCCAGAACUCCUUCCAACACGUAUGCCCCGCAACGGCGUCCUCCUCAGUUUAUCAGCCUCCAGAAUGACCGGCAGCGAUCGUCGUCCACGAAACGUAAUUCCAGGCGCGACCCUAUUGCCCAGUACCGAGCGCAGGAGAAGGCCUAUGUCCAGCGGAUUCGAGCGGAUCCGCAGGGUUGGUAUAGUCAGCUCGAUGACACUCAGGCCAUGCCGGUUACGGAUUUGGAUCUUGAAGAACCGUCUCCGUCAUCUGAGGUGCCAUUUGAAGACGAUGCUUACGACCCCGAUAUUCAACUGUUCGUGCCGGAUGGCGAUCAGCCAACGAUUGACGAGCUCAAGAACCCGAAAAAUCAGGAGAGGCUGGAGUGGCAUUCUAUGCUAUCUUCUGUGCUCAAGGGAGAUGUCGUGAAGCAAGAGAAGCAGCGAUUGCUGGGAUCUUCCGAGUCCAAGAGAUCGACUGCUCAGAACAACGCGAUCUGGCUGGGCGUGAGGGCGAAAACAUGUGGGCGCAGUGUGGUUCUGCAACGGAAACUUAUUGAGGAAGCGAGGUCCGGUCUUGCGCCUAUCAUCGAAGAGAUAAUCAAGUUUGAGAUCAAAGGCGAAACCGAAAUUGGGAAGCCACCUAUCAAACAGGUCGAGGACGUUGUUGAGCAGAUUGAAAAGUGUGAAGCGCUCUACUCUACACAUAAAGAGCUGGAAACGGCGCAUCCUCGUGUGGCGUCGGAGGAGUUUCGCUCGAGUCGCGAUGCCAUCUUCGCCUGGCACAAUACGACGGUCCUCAUCAACACUGAGCUCGCUAUUCUGCAAAAGUGGGUCGGUAACGAUGGGCUUGACUUCAGCAAACCUGGAAUUAGGUCUACAAACAGCGAGCUUUCCGAUGAAGCGUCUUUCUUGGACCGGAUUAUGAAGGAAGAUGGCCUGAAGACGCUUCAAGGCGAACAUAAUAUGCUAUACGGCAUUGGGAAAGUCAUCCAGAAAGCAAAAAACACCUUGAUCGAAAAUGCCGACUCCUUUGCCAAUCGACACUUGCCUCCAUAUAUCGAAGAGCUUCUCAUUCUGAUCAAUUUCCCCUCGCGUCUGAUCCAGGAAAUUAUUCGCGUGCGGCUCUCCUACGCGAAGAACAUGAAGGACCCGGCCCAGCAGUCCCCCAUUUUGGUGGACCAGAUGAUCUCGCAAUUUCAAAUCUUAAUGAGAGUUGCGGUUGUUAUCAAACAACGUUACUUGGAUAUCGCUCGACCCGAACCAGGCUGGGACCUCCCUCCUUGCAUCGACGAGAGCUUCGAUUCUGUCGUGCUGGAUGCGAUGAAAUAUUACUUCCGUCUCUUGAACUGGAAGUUGAAUGCGAACAAGAACACCUUCAAAGAGGCUGAAAUUCUGGAACAAGAAUGGGAGUUCUGUAACGAGAUCGGUCAACAGCUUGAAAGUGGAGAUAUUGAAGUGGCUGAACAGUUCAGUGCAUUGACUGCAAGGUCAAUCCAACGACUGAUGGUUCAUUUCGAGCGAGAAUUGGCCACGCGCUUCAACGAAGACCCCGCCGACAUGGAUAAACGGUAUAAGAGUGUCUUGGACUCAACUCGCAUUCGUCAGCGAAAGCUUUAUCGUUUCUCCUUGUUCUUGCGCCAGCUGUUCGAAAACGCUACGGAGUAUAAUCUUCCAGCUGACAUAUCGUAUGACUUCUUCGAAGCUUUGCUUGUUUCGGAUCACUUCCUCAUCAAAUCCAAUGCUUCCGUCGGCCAAAAAGGCGUUUAUCUUUUCGCGCACCACGCACUCUGGGAUCGUCCUGGUGAUAUAUCAGCGAUCCUCGGAACUUCUUUUCGCGAGGAGGAACCCGGCAAGGAGUCACCCCAUGUGCCGUAUAUCUUGGCCAUCCGUCCGGAAAAGCCUUUGUCUUGGGCAGGCAAAGAGUUACAGGCAGAAAUACUGGAACAACCUACAGACCUGCGGCUAGGAAAGCUUCGCCUUGUUGUUGAAGGGACACAGCAACGGCUGUCCAAGGCCAGAAUCGAGCUGGCUCAGUUAACAGGAAUCCAGCUCGAUAUGGCCAUUGAACAGCGUGCCAAUCUUGGCCGAGUCAAUGUGGAACUCAACAAAAUUAAAAAGAUAUCAUUCAAGCUGUCCAUGGCUAUCAUGGACAGUGUCCAGACAAUCCGAGAUCAAUGGGCAGAGAAGGGCCAGGAGAACCAGGAGCUUGUCCAGGCUUGUUACGCCUUUGCUACGGAAUUCGGUAAACGUUCUUCCAACGUCGACCCCAACCGACGCGCAAUGAACAGUGCUAGGCUUGCAGAGCUGUCGCUUGACUGGGUCUCUUUCGUCUGCGAUGACUGUGAUGCUGCGGACCGGAAAACCUUCAAGUGGGCCGUGGCUGCACUUGAAUUCGCAAUGGCACUUACCUCGAGCAGACACCUUCUGUCCAUGGACGAUGCGCAUUUUACUCGUUUGAGACAGAAAGUUGCUGGGUGCAUGUCACUCCUCAUCUCCCACUUUGAUAUCAUGGGCGCUCGAUCUUCCCGUGCAGCCCAGGCUGAAAAGCAGCGCAUCGAGGAACGUUCCGGCUCGAGGAAAAUCGGUGCUGGUCGAAUCUUGACUGAUGAAGAAGCCACAAGACUUGUUCGCGAACAACGUCUAGCUCAUUUGGCCAGCAUUGAAGAGGACAGAGUCGAAGCAGAUGCCAAACGUCAAGCAUUAGGAAGGGUGUUAGAAGGAUCGAAUGAGGCUGAUAGAUCCCUUACCGUACUGUCCUCCUCUGCCACGAAUGUUACUCUACGCUGGCAACAGGGCCAGUACAUUGGAGGAGGAACAUUUGGAUCUGUCUACGCUGCGAUCAACCUGGACAGCAACUACCUCAUGGCAGUUAAGGAAAUUCGCCUGCAAGAUCCCCAGCUUAUUCCCAAGAUUGCUCAACAGAUCCGCGACGAGAUGGGUGUUUUGGAGGUGUUGGACCACCCCAACAUUGUCUCGUACCAUGGUAUUGAAGUUCACCGGGAUAAGGUCUACAUUUUCAUGGAGUAUUGUUCUGGUGGGUCCCUUGCCAGCCUGCUCGAGCACGGUCGUGUGGAGGACGAAACUGUCAUCAUGGUGUACGCUUUACAACUCCUGGAGGGGUUGGCAUAUCUGCACCAGGCUGGAAUCGUUCACCGCGAUAUCAAACCUGAGAAUAUCCUCCUCGAUCACAAUGGUAUCAUCAAGUACGUCGAUUUCGGAGCUGCGAAGAUCAUUGCCCGUCAAGGCAAAACAGUCAUGCCAAUGGAUUCGGUCUCCAACGCAGGCCACAAGGAAGCUCUGGUUCCCAAGGACGCCCAAAUCGCACACCAGCGUGGCAAGAACCAGAAAACCAUGACCGGAACCCCGAUGUAUAUGUCCCCCGAAGUCAUUCGUGGCGACUCGGCGAAGCUCAUCCACCGCCAGGGCGCCGUUGACAUCUGGUCCUUGGGUUGCGUCAUUCUGGAAAUGGCCACUGGCCGCCGCCCCUGGUCCAGCCUAGACAACGAAUGGGCGAUCAUGUACAACAUCGCCCAGGGCAACCAACCUGCAUUACCAUCCCAGGAUCAGCUGAGUGACCUGGGCAUUGACUUCCUCCGCCGCUGCUUCGAGUGCGAUCCUCUCAAACGAUCCACAGCUGCAGAGCUGCUUCAACACGAGUGGAUCGUCUCGAUCCGACAGCAGGUUGUUCUUGAACCACCAACUCCCACCAGUGACAACAGCAGUAGCAUAAGCAGUUCUGCCUCCAGUCGUCACAACUCAACAUACAUGUAA